AUGAAUAUUCUUUAUUAACGAAUAUACAAUUAGUUCUAAAUUAUUGGUCCCUCAAAUUUAACUCAACAAUUGCAAGGCAUCUAACCAGACACAGAAUACAUAAUCAACAUCAUAGUCGUUGUAGGCACUCAUGAAAGUAAAAAGAAAGUGUAUUAUUUAAGAAUCAAUGAAUAACUCCUUCUGAAAAUAGAAAAAGAUUCUACCAAACUUCCCAUCACAGAUUUAUCAUUCUACUACUUAGAUGUUCAUGAAUCAAAAGUGAAAGUUGAUUAGUACUUUCUAUAUAAGUGA